AUGCCCUCCCAUCCCCAAGAUAGAACCCUUUCUCUCUCUCUCCGCUCCCUUGAGGAAUUCUGGUCGCACCACGCCGCCCAACUCCACUGGCACAAACCCCCAUCUGCCAGCCUGCGCCGGAGCAGCAAGACGCUUCCUGCCAGCGGCGUCACCCACGAGCACUGGUCCUGGUUCCCGGACGGCGAGAUCUCCACCACCUACAACUGCGUCGACAGACAUGUGCUCAGCGGGCAUGGAGACGACGUGGCCAUAAUCUACGAGUCGCCCGUGACGGGUGUGAGGGAACGGUAUACGUAUGCGCAGCUGCUGGACGAGGUCGAGGUGUUGGCAGGCGUGUUGAGGGAGGAGGGCAUUAGGAAGGGGGAUGUCGUGUUGAUUUAUAUGCCAAUGGUUCCUGCUGCUCUCUUCGCGGCGCUCGCCAUAACUCGGCUCGGCGCCGUCCAUGCAGCCGUCUUCGGCGGGUUUGCGGCAACGUCAUUAGCUCAGCGCAUCGAGGACUCGAAACCACGCGCAAUCAUGACCUCUUCCUGCGGCAUUGAGGGAACUAAGGGCGUAGUGGAUUACAAACCUUUGGUCGAGGGGGCCAUAGGCAAGAGCGCUUGGAAGCCGCAGAAAAUCAUUGUCUGGCAGCGGGACCAGUUGCGUUGGAAACCCAUGUUGAAACUGGAGGGUCAGCGGAACUGGCAGCGGAUUGUGAGGAGUGGGAGGGCGAGGAAUAUCAGAGCUGCAGCUGUUCCCGUGAAAAGCAACGACAUGUUGUAUAUCAUUUAUACCAGCGGAACAACCGGCCUGCCGAAAGGUGUUAUCCGGGAAGCUGGCGGUCACGCCGUUGGCCUCAAUCUCUCCAUAAAAUACCUCUUCGACAUCAAAGGCCCCGGAGACGUCAUGUUCUGCGCCUCAGAUAUCGGUUGGGUAGUAGGGCACUCCUACAUUCUCUACGCACCACUCCUCACCGGGGCCACUACAGUACUCUACGAGGGCAAACCCGUUGGCACGCCUGACGCGGGCAGCUUCUGGCGCAUAAUUGAAGAGCACAGGGUAAACACUUUCUUCACCGCGCCCACUGCGCUCCGAGCAAUCCGCAAAGAGGAUCCAGAGGGCAGCUACUUCGAACAGGUUGGGAGCCGCGGCGGCUUGAAGCACCUGCGCGGCUUGUUCCUUGCUGGCGAAAGGAGCGAACCCAGUAUCGUCCGCGCCUAUCAGAGUUUGCUCGAUAAGUACGCCGCCCCAGGCGCUAUGGUUAUUGAUAACUGGUGGUCGUCGGAGUCCGGGUCGCCAAUGACAGGGCUCGCGCUGCGCAGUGGCAUUGGCUUGGAACAUGGGAGCAGAGACGUGCAUAAACCGUUUCCUGUCAAAGCCGGGUCGGCAGGUAAGCCGAUGCCGGGCUUCGACGUGCGCAUCGUCAAUGAUGAAGGGGAUGAGGUGCCGCGUGGCACGAUGGGGAAUAUCGUGUUGGCGAUGCCGUUGGCACCCACAGCGUUCACGACGCUAUUUUAA